GCAAUAAGUAUUUUUAAUGUUUGUUUACAAUUACUCAUUACUGUCUAUCUAGUUUGCACUAAUAUUGAGCUGUACAGUUUUCUGGGAGAGGUCUCACUGCUCGGUUUGCAACAUUGAAGAUUCAGAGGUAGUGGAAAUGUCUUUGAAAUUAAAACGUGAAGGAGAACCUAUGGACCUUUACGAAGAAGCCAAUCAUGACGUCAACUUCCAUAAACUUCUACACAAAAGUAAGAAUAUUAAAGCUGACGUUCACGAGGCUCUACAAAGUUGUUCGUGGCUUAGUGGGAAGUAUGGAAUAGCUCGCCCAAACAAGAAGAUGUCGUUUCUUCAUUUGUAUGUCACAAGCACAAUUGAUUUUGAGAAAGAAAAUUCGGAGGCUGCUAUCAAAAAUGAGAUCGAUGAAAAGUUAAAAUGGAAAGCAUAGAAAUACAUCGAAUUACGAUAUAAACCAUUGAAAGAAGCAAAGUUUCGAAUGCUGUAAAAGCGAAAACUUCAUUUAUUUACUUUCCACUGUAGAUUUUUAAACAGCUAGAUUUGAUGAGUGAGUCAAAACAGAUGGAUAUUACAUACUGCACGUUUCUAUUCAUUUACAUUGUCAUGUAGUUACUCUUACUAUAAAAACAUUUACUAAGUAUUUGCCAUUCAACAUGACUAAUUUCAGUACUUUGCCGUCGUGUAUUUAUAAAUAAAUAUUUGUUUGGUUUGCACUUAUUUGAUUUAAUCAAUUAAAAAGCAAAAAUUCCUGAAA